UCAACCCGACCUCAGCCACAGCCCCCAGCCCUGCACGCACACGAGUGUGCACAGACACGCGUGUGAGUUUGUCUGUGAAUUUGCGUGGCCAGGCGAGUCACUGGAGUGUGCACGAACCCGUGUCCACACGUGAGCGCGGAGCCCCCGCGCCGGGGCCGGGGCCGGGGGGUGGGACCAGCCCGGCGAUAAAACGGCGGCGCGGGCGGGACGGGACGGACGGACGGAGCGAGCCAGAGACAGCGGCGGGGCCGGUGCUGGUGCCGGUGCCGGUGCGGAGGGAGCGGCGGAUCCCUCGAACCGCUCAUUCCCCCCUCGGUCCCCUCCCUGCGCCCCCCACCCCGCCAGCCGCGAUGCCAAACUUCUCCGGGAACUGGAAGAUGAAGAGCUCGGAAAACUUCGAGGAGCUGCUGAAGGCGCUGGGCGUGAACAUGAUGCUGCGGAAGAUCGCGGUGGCGGCGGCGGCCAAGCCGGCGGUGGAGAUCCGGCAGGACGGGGAGAGCUUCUACAUCCGCACCUCGACCCCCGUGCGCACCACCGAGAUCCGCUUCAGGGUGGGCGAGGAGUUCGAGGAGCAGACGGUGGACGGGCGGCCCUGCAAGGUGUGUGCCUGGGCACGCACAGGCACCUGCACACGUGUGUGAGUGUAUGUGCAUGUG